UAACAGAAUAAAUAAAAACACACAAAAUCAAAAGUGGAAGAAAUAUUUAGUUUCUGCAGCUGAAUAAUAUUUAACAAUUCUUUUGAAUUUGAAUAGUUUAGUCCUGGGAAGCUCAUUUUGUGACCUAACAACAGCUUUAACAACAGUGUUUAUUUCUAUUGUCGAAUAAAGUUUUAUUUAACAGUUGUGGCGCAGGCGCAGUACCGUAUAUCCGCCACACGGUGGCAGCAGAGAGUGAUCUUCUCACGGCUGCAGCAGUGAAUUGCAGGUGCAUAACACAUCUGUCACAGACAGGCACUACGCAGCAGCACUUAUUAUAUGAAGUUCGACCAGUCUCUUUACAGUUUUCAUUAGUAGAAUAAAUAAUAUUCCUCUUCACAUAUCAGAUUUAGUAUAUUUAUCUUGGCUUCUCAGGUUACCAUCUUUUCUAAAAUACCCACAUUUCCCCCCAUAUGGACUUGAAUAGUCUCCCAAAAAACGCCAGUAAUCGAUGACACAUUGUCUGAAACAUCCUCACCGAUGAGUAAGAACUGUGGCUUCAAAUCAGGGGCACUGCAGUGAGUGUGACCCGCUUACAAGAUGCAGUGAGGAAGAGGAGAAGAAGGGGGCACCUCAUGAUCAGUGCAGAGAGAGAGGGAGACACACACACACACACACACACACACACACAUAGAGAGAAUCAGUUGCACUGUGUUUUCUCGGCAGAAGAGUCCAGUCUGGCUGCUUCAGGAGAUACAAGACCCGCUAUGCCCCGAACUGCCUGGUGCAGGGAGACAACAGUGAAGGAGGAGCAGCUGAGUUAAUUCCAUCCAAAAGUGGAUUGAUGGACCUCCAUUAUGGCCAAGUGGACAUGAUUCUACACUCAGCACCUGUGGCACAAUGUCGAAUAUGAUUUACCUGACUGCCAUAAGCAUUUUGUACCUGCCUGUCUUACUGUUCGAGGCAUUUGUGUUGUCUAAAGGCAAGUAUGAGAGGUCAGUGGUGCCGAGUUCUGCCUCUCGCCUGGUGGCCAGGAUGGACGGGGAUAUUAUAAUCGGCGCCCUCUUCUCUGUUCACCACCAACCAUCCGCUGAGAAGGUGGCAGACAGGAAAUGUGGAGAGGUCCGUGAGCAGUACGGCAUCCAAAGAGUGGAGGCCAUGUUCCACGCCUUGGAUCGGAUUAACUCGGACCCAAACCUGUUGCCCAACAUCAGCCUGGGCUGCGAGAUCAGGGACUCCUGCUGGCACUCCUCGGUGGCUCUGGAGCAGAGCAUCGAGUUCAUACGAGACUCUCUCAUCUCAAUCCGGGACGACAGUGACGGCUCCAGGUGGUGCAUCGAGGGGGCACCUUCCAGUCAGCCGCCACCGACCAAGAAGCCCAUCGCAGGGGUGAUCGGGCCCGGCUCGAGCUCGGUUGCGAUUCAAGUUCAGAACCUCCUGCAGCUGUUCAACAUCCCACAGAUUGCCUAUUCUGCAACCAGUAUUGACCUCAGUGACAAGACUUUAUUCAAGUACUUCCUCAGGGUUGUGCCGUCAGACACUCUUCAGGCCAGGGCCCUCCUGGACAUCGUCAAACGAUACAACUGGACCUAUGUGUCUGCAGUGCACACAGAGGGUAACUACGGGGAGAGUGGGAUGGAAGUGUUCAAAGAGCUCGCCGCACAGGACGGCCUCUGCAUCGCCCACUCUGACAAGAUCUACAGCAACGCCGGGGAGAAGCACUUUGACAGGCUGCUGAGGAAGCUGCGCGAGCGUCUGCCUAAAGCCCGAGUUGUUGUCUGCUUCUGUGAAGGCAUGACAGUCCGAGGGCUGCUGAUGGCCAUGAGAAGGCUCGGAGUAGCAGGAGAGUUUCUCCUAAUUGGCAGCGAUGGCUGGGCAGACCGAGUCGAGGUGGUGGAGGGAUAUGAACAGGAGGCUGUGGGCGGCAUCACUGUAAAGCUGCAGUCUGAAGAGGUCUCCUCCUUCGAUGACUACUUCCUGAAGCUCAGGCUCAGCACCAACACCCGCAACCCGUGGUUCCCCGAGUUCUGGCAGUACCGGUUUCAGUGCCGCCUUCCUGGACACCCGCAAGAGAACCUGAAUUAUGCACGAAACUGCUCAGAGGAUGAUGAUCUAGGUUAUGAAAACCUGGAGGACAACUACGUUCAAGACAGCAAGAUGGGCUUCGUCAUCAAUGCCAUCUAUGCCAUGGCCCACGGGCUGCAUGACAUGCACACUCACCUCUGUCCUGAUCACGUGGGGCUCUGUGAAAACAUGAAGCCUGUUGAUGGCAGCCAUUUACUGGACUUUCUCCUCAAGACCACCUUCACAGGCGUUUCUGGAGAAGACAUAUGGUUUGACCAAAAUGGUGACUCACCUGGGAGGUAUGAGAUUAUGAACUUCCAGCAUGUGGAGCCUGGUGUUUAUGACUACAUCAACAUUGGCUCCUGGCAUGAGAGCAUGCUCAGUCUUGAUGAGGAGCUGAUUCAGAUGAACCGCAGUGACAUGGUCCGCUCUGUCUGCAGUGAGCCCUGCUCCAAAGGAGAGAUCAAGGUGAUCAGGAAGGGAGAAGUGAGCUGCUGCUGGAUCUGCACUGCCUGUAAGGACAAUGAGUAUGUCCAGGAUGAGUUCACAUGUAAGGCCUGUGAGCUGGGCUGGUGGCCUGACGAGGAACUGGAAGGCUGUGAGACAAUCCCCCUGCGCUACCUGGAGUGGAGCAAUCCAGAGUCCAUUAUCCAGGUGGUUUUCUCCUGCGUGGGCAUCCUGGUCACGUCAUUUGUUGCCUUCAUCUUUGUCUUAUAUCGUGACACACCUGUGGUCAAAUCCUCCAGCCGAGAGCUCUGCUACAUCAUCCUCGCAGGGAUCUUCCUGGGCUAUCUGUGUCCUUUCACCCUCAUCGCCCGUCCCACCGUGGCUUCCUGCUACCUCCAGAGGCUCCUUGUCGGACUCUCAGCUGCCAUGUGCUACUCCGCCCUGGUAACCAAAACCAACCGCAUUGCCCGUAUUCUGGCAGGCAGCAAGAAGAAGAUUUGCACCAGGAAACCGAGGUUCAUGAGCGCUUGGGCUCAAGUGGUCAUUGCCUCUAUCUUGAUCAGUGUUCAACUCACCUUGGAGGUUACCCUCAUCAUCAUGGAGCCUCCUGAACCCAUCAAAUCCUACCCCAGCAUCAGAGAAGUCUUCCUCAUCUGCAACACCAGCAACGUGGGUGUUGUGGCCCCCCUGGGCUACAACGGCUUGCUUAUCAUGAGCUGCACAUAUUAUGCCUUCAAGACCCGCAACGUUCCUGCAAAUUUCAACGAAGCCAAGUACAUCGCCUUCACUAUGUACACCACAUGUAUAAUCUGGCUGGCGUUUGUGCCAAUCUACUUUGGCAGCAACUACAAGAUCAUCACCACAUCGUUCUCUGUAAGCCUCAGUGUGACUGUGGCCCUGGGCUGUAUGUUCACACCUAAGAUGUACAUCAUAAUUGCCAAACCAGAGCGAAACGUGCGCAGUGCGUUCACCACGUCUGAUGCUGUGCGCAUGCAUGUCGGCGAUGGAAAAAUUGCCUGCCGAAGCAACAGCCUGCUCAACAUGUUCAAGAGGAAGAAGAACACUGGAAACGGCAGUUCUAAUGGAAAGUCUGUGUCAUGGUCUGAACCAGGUGCAAGACAUCCUCCAAAAGGGGAUCACAUGUGGCACAGACUGUCAGUGCAUGUGAAGAGACAGGAAGCAGGUUCCAAUCAGAUGGCUGUCAUCAAACCCUUAACUAAUACGUACCAAAACAGAGCGCUGGAGUUCUCAGACCUCAGCACUAAGACCUUGUACAAUGUGGCUGAGGAGGACGAGAGUGACCCUGUCAGAUACAAUCCCCCGGCCACUCCCCCCAUGAUGGCCCACGGGCAAAUUCCUGGCUGUGGGCAGAUAAAAGACGUGGACGAGGAGGUGGAACUCUAUACCCCCGAGCAUCUGCAGCCAAAUAUCAUUAUUCCCCAACACAUCAUCAUGGACCGCCUCCAGGGGGAGAUGGUGGUAAAUCGUAAAUUCAAGAGUGACAUCCCUGAGCUUAAUGAGAUGAUUAGCAUGCCUGAGGCCGUGAGCGGCGGCAUGCCCGUUUACCACCAGGCCCACCUCAUCCAGCAGGAACCGGUCCUGCCCAUGCACCUCGACCCGUUCGACGAGGAGCCAACCUCCCCUUUAGAGGAGGAGGAGAUGGAGAAUGAGCAGUUUGGCCUUCUCCAUGGCUACAUGUACAACAACGCCCAGAUUCACGACGAGGAGGACUUGGUUGAGGUCAAAUUGGCCGUGGAGGACUCAGUGGCUCUGAUGCCUCCCUCCCCUUUCCGAGAUUGCACUGGUUCCCCAGUGGGCCCCUUUCCCAAUUCGCCAGUGUCAGAGUCGAUCUUGUGCAGUCCUCCAAAUGUGACAUAUGCCUCUGUUAUCCUCAGAGACUUCAAGCAAAGCUCCUCAACUCUGUGAGGGUGCACACUACAUGUUACCAGUUGUACAAUAUUUUAACGUUCAUAAUGACUUGUGCUGUAUAUGACGAUAUAUUAAGGAAAAAGUCAUUCUGUGGUCUGACAAGUCAUUUUUCACUCUAUAACUGAUAGCUUUUACAUGAUAAGGGUGAACAACAAGGCGCCACGUUUUAAAAUUCUUUUAGAUGUUGUCUACAGUAGUGAGAAGAAAAAAAAAGCCUAUUUCAAAUGCUAACAUGAGCUUUUAGGAUAAAAUAGAUUCUGUGCUUAUGAGACAACUAAGAUUGCCUGUAUGUACAUUUAAUAUAAGUAGAUUCAUUCGAUGAAUAUAGGUGACAUAACAAGCAGAUGAGUUUGCUGAUUUUAAACAGGGCAACUUAAUGGUGAAUAUAAUUUGUUUGUAAUGCAAAACAAUUUGUCAACAAUAUUUUUAGAAAAAUAUGUUUUCUGUUACACAUUGUGUGUUUUGUGCUUUAUCAGAAAAUGGAAGAUUUAAAGGAAUAGUUCGACAUUUAGGAGAAUAAACUUAUUUGAGAGUUUGAUGAGAAGAUCUAUUCCACUUUAGCAUCUGUCGACUAAAUAUUAAACUAAAGCUAGCAGCCAUCAGCUUAGCUUAGUAUAAAGACGGGAAACGGGGAAAAGCUAGAUUCCUGUUUUUUGUAUGGAUUAAACAAAAAAGAUAGAACAUGUUAUUUAGUGCGCUUUAGAGCUGCUGGUAGGCAUAUUUUGUGACUUUUAGACAGAGCGAGGCCGGAUGUUUCCUCCUGUUUCCAGUCUUUAUGCUAAGCUAAACACACAAACGUGUGUACAAACAUGAGAGUGGUAUCGAUCUUCUUAUGUAACUUAUGUAAUGUAUGUAAGUGCUUUUCCCAAAAUGUCGGACUUUUUCUUUAAGCUGGGAAAGGAGAAUAAAAAUGUUCUCCUUUGAGGAAAUUUAAAAUGUGUUACGUCAACAUGAUUUCUCGUUGGUAAAAAAAACAAAAAAACAAAUAAAACAAUUAUCUGUGAAUUUUUGAUUGAUACAGUACUGCCAGGCAAAUGCACUGACUGUAUCAUGAAUGUAGCAGAGGACAAGUUCAAGUGCCACAUUUUCAUUAAGAGGUUUUUUUUUUAUUUUGUACAUUUGUCUCAUUUCUAUGGUCCUGAAAUGUGAGUUAAACUAGUUUCAAAUUUGUAUCUUUUAUAAUUAGACAUCUGAUUUCAUAAUUGUAUAGAUUUAUGUAUAAGAUAAAUGACAUACAUAUGUUUUGUGAAUGUAUGAAUUGUGUAUCAUAUUUUGGUAUUCAGAUGAUAUCUAUAUGCAUUACAGUAUUAGUAAGAACUUAUUAGCUGUGUAUGCUUCUAUCGUGUGAUUGGUUGUGCACACCAAUCAGUUUCCUAAAUAUUAAGACUUAACGAGCCAAUCAAAACCGUAUAAUGUGAUGAAGUGCUACUUUUACUGUUAUACGUAAUAUUCUGAAUAAGCUAUUUGCAGCCUGAUAUAUACACAGUAUAAAUUAAGUCUGCCAUUUUAAACAAAUAUUUACUGUAGAGCAUUUAAAAGGUCACUUGUUUGAUUGGAGUAAAUUAAGUAUUUUCUAUG